CCUCCCACUUUGCAGUCGGCCUACUAGACUCGGCCAAUCAAGAACAGCUCUCCCACGACUCGGGAGUUCUGUCUGCCCAUGUGAGUUUCCCGGGAAAGAAGUUUUCGAGCGCCUGGCUGAGGCCGGGAACAGUGGAAAAACUUCCAGGGGCCCUCUAUGCUCCUGAAGGGGCAGUUGAGGUUUUCCAGCAGGAUUCAGUGAUUCCUUUCCUUCCCCAAUGGCAACACUGGUGGCCAAAGACUCCUAUCUUCAGAAUCUAGCCAAGAAAAUCUGUUCCCAGCAGACUGUGGAGCCACAGAAACGAAAAUGGGCUCCCAAACCUGGGAAUCUAGAAACUACUGGACCCCCAAAGAAGAAGAAGAAGAAGAAGGAGCAGAAAAAGAAAUUCCAGAAGCAGGAUGGAAAGGCCAAGGGGGUGCAGAAUAAGCCCUCUGACAGCAAGCAACCUGAAGCUUCUAACGCCAAGAAACCUGCAGUCACAGCGAGGAAGGCAGGUUCCAGCUCCAGUGGAGGCUCUGCAGUUGUUCCUGCCAGCAAGCCUGGCUCCUUCCUAGCCAUGGACAUUCUGCGCCAGCGGCUGCAUGAGAAAAUACAGGCGGCCAGUGGUCAGGGUCACACCAAAGAGCUGUCUCCUGCUGCACUGGAGAAGAGGCAAAGGAGGAAGCAGGAACGGGAGAGGAAGAAGCGGAAACGCAAGGAGCUCAGGGCCAAGGAGAAAGCAGCCAAGGCUGAAGACAAAGCUGAAACCAAGGAGGCUAACACAGAACCCCCUAAGAGGGAUCCACAGGGCCUGACUGAACUGGUAUUCAAUAAGUUGGAGGUAGGUGAGGGGCCAGUCAACAAGGCCCAGAAGAAGAAGGAAAAGAGGCAGCGUGUGAAGGGGAACCUGACCCCCUUGACAGGGAAGAACUAUAAACAGUUGUUGGAGCGUGUGCAGGCCCGCAAGAACAAGCUUGAGGAACUGAAGGAACAGGAUGAGGAGAAGGCGCGGGAGAUGGAGACCAAAAUGAAGUGGACAAACCUUCUGUACAAGGCCGAAGGCGUGAAAAUCCGUGACAAUGAAGAGCUUCUGAAGGCAGCCUUGAAACGCAAGGAGAAGCGUCGAGCCCAGAGGAAACGGCAGUGGGAGAAGCGCACGGCCCAUGUAGUAGAGAAGAUGCAGCAGCAGCAGGACAAACGACGGCGGAACCUGCGCAAGAAGAAGGUGGCCAAGAUAGAGCGUCGCAAGGCCAAGGCUCGCAAGAAGGGCCGAAUCCUGCCUGAGGACCUGGAGAAGGCUGGGCUCAGCUAAGGGAUGGGGAGAUUCUCCCACUGCUCUGGGAGACUUGUCCUUACUAACCCCAGCCAUGCAUUUUUUCCAGGAUGUGGAUUCCCAUCUGGAUUCCCAUGGCUGCCUCAUGCAGCAGAGAAAGAGUUGCAUUUGUUAAGUACCUGCAAUGUGUGCAUCAUGGCAAGGAACUGGAGAUUCAAUGGCAAAAAUUUUAAAGCAACCCGUUCUCAAGGAGUUUCUUAAGAUGUGGCUCAAGUCUUCCAUAAAAUUUUUGGCUUAAUGCUAUUCUCCUAGCUUUCUAUGUGUGGGGGUUGCUUCUAGUACCUAUUUUCCCUCCCCUCCUCCUCUUCCUCCCUAUUUCCCACUUCCCAGUAACAGUCAUUCCAUCUCUAGGGCUGGAUGACAAAAUAGCCUGACUUCAAUCCCAUCAGAGUAUAGUACCUGAAUGGUAUAUGUGGGCUACAUGCAGGUUCUCCAGUCUGGUAGGAAGUUCACAUACUUGGUCCAGGGAGUUGGAGUAUAGGUCAGCUCAUGGCUUUUUAAUCUUCUAGGACCCUAGAGAAGCCAAUAGAAUAGUCUCUACCCAGGUUUAAAUUUUUUUUCUUUUUUAUUGUGAACUGAAUAAGCAUCAACAAACAUAAACAUUUUCCAUAUUAAAAAACACACAAGGUACAGCUAAGUGUCACAGUGGAUAAAACACCGGCCCUGGAUUCAGGAGGACCUGAGUUCAAAUCCACCUCAGACACUUGACACUUACUAGCUGUGUGACUCUGGGCAAGUCACUUAACCCUCAUUGCCCCACCAAAAAAAUAUAAAAACACAACAGGAAAAGAGGAUCGUAUAUAAAACCACAAAUUUCUGUUAUACUUAGAGUUGUAGUGGUCAAAUAUUAAGACAAAUGUUGGAUGCAUAAUCCAGGACUAAGUUAAGAAUAAAGGAAAUUGGGGCAGCUAGGUGGCACAGUGGAUAGAACACUGGCCCUGGAUUCAGGAGGACCUGAGUUCAAAUCCGGCCUCAGACACUUAACACUAGCUGUGUGACCCUGGGCAAGUCACUUAACCCCAGUUGCCUCACCAAAAAAAAAAAAAAGAAUAAAGAAAAUUUCUCCAGUAUUUCCUUCUAGGAAACAUUGGCCAUCAGUUGGAUUGAAUAAUCCCAUUGGAAAACCAGAUGGAGAAUUUGUUUAGGUACAGAUCUUUCCUUCUCCCAAUUACCACAGGAGUUGCUGGACCAACCUGCUUAAAUCUCAUGUAGAAUGGAAAUAAUGGUGUUUGGGGGUUUUAGAAUAGACAAAUAGCAAAUUUAGAAUAAAUAGUUAAAUAAAUGGACACAAAAUUAAAACAGUUAAAUUAAACUUGAGUGUCUCUUUCUCUUUGCACUCAAAACUGUGAUGGUCAGCAACUGUUAGGCAAGUUAAAGUGAGAGAUUGUGCCUUUUAAUCCUCUUCACUACUUUAUGCUACUUUUCACCGGCCAGUACAAGGAUGACCUUCCAAAAGAGAAGCUUUUAAAAUAAUUAUUUUCAGCAUUUUUUUUUUACAUUUUGAAUUCUAAAUUCUCUUCCUUCACUCCCUCCUUCAUCCACCGAGAAGGCAAACAAUAUGUAAAUAUAAGACAUUUCAGUAUUAUCCAUGUUUCAAAAACAGCAAGAAAAUUAGUGAAAAAAGUAUGCUUCAAUCUGCAUUAAGAGUUCAUCAGGGGGCAGCUAGGUGGCGCAGUGGAUAGAGCACCGGCCCUGGAUUCAGGAGGACCUGAGUUCAAAUCUGCCUCAGACACUUGAU